AUGUCAAAUAUAAAAACUUCAAUUGCAUUAUUUAAAAGCCAAUUAUCGAACUUAAAUCCAAGAUUCUAUUUCAGACAGAAUGAAAUAGAUAUAAUAGUCAAUCCAAAUGAGUUCUAUGCUUUAUUGAAAGAUAAGAUUUCCAAAGCUGAAGAACGUGUUUUCUUAGCUUCUCUAUAUUUGGGGAAAAAUGAAAAUGAAUUGGUAGAUUCCAUAUCUGAUGCGUUAAAGAAAAAUUCCAAUUUAAAAGUAUAUAUCUUGUUAGACGGGUUAAGAGGAACAAGAGAGGCACCUAAAAGUUGUUCUGCUUCUUUAUUAAGCCCAUUAGUGAGAGAUUUUGAUAAUAGGGUAGAUAUUAGAUUUUACAAGACCCCUGCAUUAACAAUAUUUAAAAAAAAAUUGUUACCUAAACGAUUUAUUGAAGGAAUUGGCUUACAACAUAUGAAAAUAUAUGGGGUAGACAAUGAAGUGAUAUUAUCAGGUGCCAAUUUAUCAUCAGAUUAUUUUUCUAAUCGACAAGAUCGAUAUUAUUUAUUUAAAUCUAAACCGUUUAGUGAAUAUUAUUUUAAAAUUCAUCAAUUGAUUAGUUCGAUGAGUUAUAAAUUAAUGUAUUCUAAUACAAACGCAUCUACAUUUAAAUUAAUAUGGCCCAAAACAAAUUCGAUCAAUAACAGUAUGAGGAAACAUCAAUUUCUACGAGAUUCAUCCAAGAUAUUAAACGAAUUUUUACAUUCUAAAAAUUUCAAUAUUAAUGAUAAUUUUUCUAAAUUUGAAUUGAAUGAGAAUGAAUAUCCUACAGUUGUUUAUCCAGUAUCACAAUUUACUCCAUUAUUUAAAAAAAAUCAAGAUUAUUCCACAGAAAAACCAAGCAUAUUAAAGAUGUUGGAAGGAAUUGAAAAAUUACCCAAGAUUAAAUGGUCAUUUACUGCUGGUUAUUUUAAUAUGCAUCCUGAUAUUAAAACUAAAUUAUUAACAGUACCUGCCAAACAUGGGUGUAUAAUAACUGCAUCACCACAAGCUAAUGGAUUUUAUAAAUCCAAGGGAGUUUCAUCUAUGUUACCUGAUGCAUAUUUAUUAUUAUCAAAGAAAUUUUUGAAAGAUUGUCAUAAAUAUGGUAUGAAUGAUAAGAUUCAAUUAAAAGAAUGGAAAAAGGGUAUUGUCAAUGAACCUAAUGGUUGGUCAUAUCAUGCUAAGGGGAUUUGGUUAUCACCAGAUGCAAAUGAUAACGAAGGAGAUUUUCCGUUUAUUACAACUAUUGGAUCAUCAAAUUACACGAAAAGGGCAUAUUCAUUAGAUUUGGAAACUGAUGCGAUAGUCAUGACAUCUGAUCCUAUAUUACGUGAAAAGAUGAAUCAAGAAUUGAAUAAUAUAACUAAAAAUUGUAAAGAUGUCAACUUGGAAGAUUUUAAGAAUGAUCCUGAAAGAAAUAUUGGAUUGGGAACUAGAAUAGCUACUAAAAUACUGGGAGGUAAACUUUAG